AUGGAUCCGAAUUACAAGUUCCCUGGAUCGCCAGGGACGCCUCUCUUCCAAGUAUCGCCAGAACGGGUCAACCAGCAGCGAGCUUCGACUAUUUUUGACGAGUCGCCUGCGGGCAGUCCACACCGACAUGCGAGGGAGAGCAGCGUGCAUGAAAAAGUAGCUGCAUUUAACUCGCUAGCAUUCCAAGGGAAGCAGCUGGAGAGGAAGGCAAACGAUGCGGCAUUGAAGCGAGCGAUGUUAGGGCGGGAGGAGGCAGAGAGUGAGAUGAGGAGAUACAGAGAAGAAACACGAGCGCUACGGCGGCAGGUGGAAGAGGGCAAGGAGAGAGAACGUAGAGUGGGCGAGAGACUGGAGAAUGUUAUGGAAAAUUAUGGCCGCGCCAAAGAAACCCACGCGCAUACGCAGACCUUGUGGGAGAAGGAGAUUCGGAGAGCGCGCAAAGAGUCGUUCAAGUCACAAUCGGCGGUCGUGAAGCUACAAGAGGAACUGAAGUCGGCGCGCAAUGCGAUGAAGCUGGCACAAGCGGAUCUAGAACAAGAGAAGGAGCGCAGUAUGAAGCGCGAACAGGAAGCUUUCGCUGCGAGAUAUCAGCUUGUCGGAGUCCAAGAAGAAGUGUCGCAGGUUCAGGAGCAACUGAAGCUAGUGGAGCAAGAGCGUGAUGCUCUCAGGACUAUUGCGCAGAACGAGGAGAUUGCCAGAAUUGCCGCUGAGGGCAGAAUACCGUUGCCCACACUAAAAGAGGAUGAUGAAUUCGCCAGCCCGAAAAAGGCGCGGAAAUCCUUGGAUAUGAUUACAAUUACUUCUUCUGCUGCUAGCGAGGAAGAGUUGGACAACUUGCGUAUGCUUAUGGAGUGGGAGCAACAAAGAGCAAAUCGGGCACACGACCGAGUGGAAUUCCUGGAGCUGGAGUGCCGCAUGAACUGCUGCAUAUCCAAAGCUGCACAAAAAGAACUUGCCGAGAAGGAAACUCUUACGUCCUUACCUACCCAGGAGAAGAUCCAGAUUAGCCAAACAGGCACAAUAUUUGUCCCAGUUGAAGGUAUUUUCAGAAAUACAUCUCCUGCACCAGAAGAGUCCCCAUGGAUUUCCCCAGCGAAGAAAACAUUCAACGAGCCUAUACACGAAGAACCCCGAUCCUUUGCACGAACUCCUUCUUGCGAGCCACCUGCAGCAGCUCUCAUCUCCGACACCAGAACCUCCCUUCUCUCCCUUUUCGACGCACCUCACAGCCCAUCACACACCGAAGACGGUGAGAACGACACAACCAUAACUCAAAUAUCUCAAGAUGUUCCCGAGACCCAAGAAGAGAGCCCCGUCAAGCACUCAAUGGUACCUACCUUCCACACAAUCAGUACCACAACACGCAUCCCACUCGCCAACCCACCAGACCUCACUCCUCCGAACAUCCUCCCGGCAGCUCUAAACUCAGCCUUGAGUCCAACUAUGACCCGCGAAGAAGCUCUAGCACAAAUCCGCGAGCGUAGAGGUCGCGCAAGAAGUUUAGCGCAGGGAACAAUGACACCAAGGAAACAGAUGGUAGAUGGUGUGGGAUCAAGACGAGAUAUUAGUGCGCCGGCAAUCAGAAGUGGUGGAGUCCGAGGCAGGAGCCAGGCUCGAUCAUAA